GGGCCCAGGCCCCAGCGGGGCACCUCCAGCCACCCCCGUGAGGCGGGGGCUCUGUCACAGUGGGUCCCUGCCCAAACGGGGGGCGUGCGGUGGUGAUGUCACAAUGGCCACUGUGACCCGCGGGGCGAGGAGCAGAUAAAAGGCUGCUGGGCUCGGGCCGUGCCUCAGUGCGAUUUGGUGAGUUGGGGAGAGAGCAGGGAGGAGGGGGCUGGCCGGGGCUGCCGAGGGAGGAGGGGUCCCACACCUCGGGCCCGUGCUACAGACUCACCCUCGUCCUGCUUCUCCCUCAGGGUCGGCAGAGGAGCGUGUGGAGGAGAAACCCCGGCACUGCUGGGGCAGCGACUCUCCAAGUGCUCGCUGUCGAAGUGCACCAUGUCUGCAAUGAAGCGGAAGGCUCCCGACUCGAGGGAACAAGGUGAGAGAAAAGCAUCCCAUCCCACAGGAGGGCGGGGAGGGGCUGGGGGGGGUGCCUGUGGCUGAGAGGGGAGGCAGGGGCAGGCAGGGGCUCCCCAACCACCCCGGGGCAGGGCCCCUCUGCUCCUUGGCAGGGGGGGCCCAGGUCGGGCUGUGGGUGCCUGCUGGGACCCUUGUGCCUGCUGUGCCCCCUUCCCCUCCACAGCCUCUGGCCCUGCCCAUCAGCCAGCGUGGCAGGGACAGAACAGGCCCUCGGGGACAGUCCCUCAGGGACACCUGGCCCCGCAAAGGCGCUCAAUGGCUGUGCCGUUUGCUCUCUCCCCUCCAGCAUGCAUGCUGUGUGGCCGGGCAGAUGCUGACCCAAACAUCUGCGGCCCCAAACACAAAAGGAAUGGGCUCUGUGCCCACGCGUUUUGCCUGGUGAGUUCUCCGUGGCUCCUGUCAGCAUCCCACCAGGGACGGUCCCUUCCUCUACGACCCCUAAUGAGAUCCUGCUCUUUUCUCUUCUACAGUAUUUUGUGGAUAGCCUUUCACGGCGUGGAAGCAUGCGCAAACACAUAGAGGGGUACCGUCCUGACGACAUCCGAUGCGCGAUCAAGCGGGCAUCCCAGAAGGUGAGGACCUGAUGGGGAACAGGGAGGUUUGUGCCAGGAGAUGCUCCCGCAAGCUUAGCCUGGACCCCAAGGAAGCAAUCCCAGCCUUUCCAACCUGCUCCGGGACAAACUGCUGCUCUGGCAGACGAGCCUCGUCCGCCAGGCGGGUCUGCAGAGUGUGACCCAGCAGCGCCCGCACCCUGUGCCCUGCCCUGCCCAGGGGUGUGGGGCCAGCGGUGGCGGCGGCAUCGAGCCUGCUGCUAAUGGGGCUGCUGUGUUCUUUUCAGCAAUGCUUCGUUUGUGGCGAGCGAGGGGCCACCAUCACCUGCACGGAGACGGGCUGUGAACGCAGCUUCCAUCUCCCCUGCGCCUCGGAGGGAGAAUGUGUCACCCAGUUCUUUGGGCGGUACAGGUCCUUCUGCUGGGAGCACCGCCCUCAGCAGGCAGUGCAGGCAGCUCCAGAGCAGGACACCACCUGCACCAUCUGCAUGGACCCUGUGGGGGACAGCAAGUCCUACCACACCAUGGUGUGCCCAGCCUGCAGUCACGCCUGGUUCCACCGGGGCUGCAUCCAGGAACUGGCCAUACACACAGACAAUCACCGCAUCAAGUGCCCCGUCUGCAGAAACAGGGAGUUUCGUUCAGAAAUGUCCAUCAUGGGGAUCCGAGGGAUCCGAGUCCCAGUCAGAGGACCAGCCUGGGAGAACAACAACGCCUCUGCAUCGCUGCAAGAGAGGUGCCGGCGCUGUACUGCCAGGGAAUGCCUUUACCCACAAGGCAGGGAGCAGGCGGAGGGACAGGGGCCCUGGCAGCUGCUCCUGUGCCGCUCCUGCGCUGCCGAAGGCACCCACCGGCGCUGCUCCAACUUGACCAACAGCGCAGGCACCUGGGAGUGCGACAGCUGCGCUGGCGUGGGCACCAGCAGCCAGGCAGCACUGUGGCCAUUACAAGGGAUCCUGGUGACUGACAGUAGAAGACGGGAGAGAGGACCGGACGACGAUCCGCCAUGUACUUUGGGCACCAGGCACCUUUAA